GCCCUGCAGGACAGCAGAUGGCGUCAGGGCACAACCUCGGCCCGUCCCAUUGACAGCCCGCCUCUGGGACGCGGCCGUCAGACUGGCCUCGCUUCCGGACGUGUGGAUGCAAAGCAAAAGCAAACUACUGUGUAGUUCCGAUCCGGGCUAUGAAUUCACUCACGCGCACAGCAAAUUGUCGCUCGGCCUGGAGUGAAUUGCACAGCCGCAUCAGGCGUGGAGGCACCUCAGACGGCGGUCCACGCGGGUACACAGUCGUCACUUCCUUCAUGUCCACCACGUCUAUUUAAACCUCUGCUCCGGAGUUGCCUUUAUCUUCUUUCCAAUCCCGCAGCAGCACCACCUCUACAAGUCCAGCUCGUACUGCUGGCCCUCGGUCAAUCGUCACACACCGCGAAUCCAACUACUCUACCACACAAUCCUACACCACUAUACCACCGUCAGAAUGGCCCCAGCUGCUUUAAGCACCCCACAACAUGUUGCUAUCAGCGCCACCAAAUCGCAGCCUGCCUCAAUUCCCGCCUGGGUGAAGCCCGAUUUGGCCGCCCUCCUGCACGUUGAACACCGCUCCGGAGACUUCGCCGCAUGCUCCGUAUCACUCGUCUCGCUGCCCGCCGGUGCCAUCUUCGCUCGCAUCACCACUCCCACUAUCGCCACGAAGGCCUACACCUCCGUGCAAGCCGGGCCGGACCUGCACAUCGAGCUCAACUCCGACCUAGUCUACAUCAACCACUCGUGCGAGCCGACCCUCAUCUUCGACAUGGCCCGCUGGGAGGUCCGCGUCAACCCGGCGCUGUCUGGCGGCCUGCAGCCUGGUAUGGAGCUCACCUUCUUCUAUCCGAGCACUGAGUGGCACAUGGCGCAGCCGUUCAAAUGCUUGUGCGGGACCGCGCAGUGCCUGGGGACCGUCAGCGGAGCGAGGGAUUUGGGCGGAAAGCUGGCUGGCUACUAUCUCAAUGCUCACAUCGAGGAUCUGCUUGUGGAGCAGGCUGCACAAGGCGAGAAGAAGUAAGACGGCGCUCCGGGCUGACACCGUCAGAGGUCCUUCGACUUAGUAUCAGGGCGAGAAGUCUGCGAAGGGCGGCGGUCUGGUUUGCAGCACGGUGCAGGGCGGAAUUUCAUUCAAUAUGGCUAAAGGCGGUAAAAGUUAUCUCAUGCAUUUGCAGGCUGUGCGGUAUAUGGGAGGGUCUUGCUGGUGGCAUGGCGUGGCGGUGGACUUAUCUAGCCUGGAGGCCUUGAUGGCGUUAUGAGAAUCUAACAAUGCC